AUGGAAAUCACCCCCGUCAAACCCAUUAGUAAUACUGAGCGUGUAGAAACCCCUCCGACUUAUAAUCAAGACACCAAAACUAAUCAACCUGCCUACCAGGUUCCCAUGAGCAUGAACCAGCCUCAAGUUGAAAAAACGUGCUUACAGCGUAUGAGACCCGAGACGCGACAGACGCGACCAUGGCGUCAUGGAUUGUGUCAAUGUCAUCAAGAGUGUGGUACUUGUUGUUUAUCGUUCUGGUGCCCUUGUAUGGUUUAUGGAAGAAAUCAUUCUAGAUUAAAUCAUAUGAAGAUGCAUAAUCAACCACACCCGACCGGUGGAGAUCCUUGCGGUCCAAUGUCUUGGCUCUUUACUGCCGUGAAUUGCACCUUUGGCGUAGGAUGGAUACUUCAGUUCCUUCAACGCAGUGAAACUCGCGAUAGAUACUUGAUUGAGGGUAAUACAUUUGGUGAGAUUAUCUCUCAAUAUACCAAGUUCUGA